GGAACCGCAUCUCCAGCGCGGUGGAAGAGAGCAGUGGAGCCAGGCGGGCGGGCAUCGACGUGGUUCGCUGCGGUGAGAGCAUGCCAGGGACGAUCAUUCGCUCGAUGGAUCCAGUGGCAGCGAGAGACAGAUUUCUCUAGUACCUUCGGUCCGAACUCCAGCGGCUUCUGGUCAUCUCGACGAAGCCUCACGAGGCCAUGCGGGGCCUGGUGUGCAUUUUAUAUAAGACAUCCGGAUGAGAGACUGGCGAGAGAGCAGAGAUUGAGCAGUGCGGAGGAUUUGUUCUGUAGAGAUCUGUAUAGAGAAGGUGGGAGAAUUUCUUGGAGGAGGCAGGGAGGGAGGGAGGGCUUUAGAGAGCACUGACAUCACAAAGGCCGAGGGAUAGUAGGGCAGGGCAGCACGGCGACUCUCAGAGCGCUAGGAAGGGCGAUUCCUGUGGCCCGGGGCGUUGCAGGAAUGGCUGCGGAGGUCGGAUUGUCUCGUCCUGUCGGUGCAAUUCCGCAAAUUGUCAGUUUUACUUCGUCGCAGAGUGCGCGUUCUGCGAGGAAAUGUGUGAGGGUAGCUGUAGAUAGGAGGGGGUUUAGCUCAGUCGAUGGCUGUGGGAUUCGUCUUGCCCGGGGUUCCAGGCUCGCUUCUGCCCGGCGGUUCGCUGUCUCUUCGCAAUCGCACGUCGGACUCCGCCAACAGGAAGCUGUGAAACAUCAUUUCGCUGAAUGUUUGCCAGCUCGCAGGAAGAUUCAUUCGACUCCUCGUUGUGAGGCUAGGGAUGGAAGGAUUAACCAAGCCGAGUUUACAGAGAUGGCCUGGCAAGCCAUCGUCGCCUCGCCUGAUGUCGCCAAAGAGAGCAAACAACAAAUUGUUGAAACCGAGCAUCUAAUGAAAGCUUUAUUGGAGCAACGGAAUGGACUCGCUCGUCGAAUUUUUGCCAAAGCUGGCGUGGAUAACACAUCACUUCUUCAAGCUACCGAGCGAUUUAUUCAAAGGCAGCCUAAGGUUAUGGGCGACACCAGUGGCUCUAUGUUGGGACGUGAUUUGGAGGGUCUGAUCGAUCGCGCCAGGGGCCACAAGAAAGACUUGGGAGACGCCUUUGUGUCUGUGGAGCACUUAGUAUUGGGGUUUAUGCAGGAUAAGCGUUUUGGGCAGCAACUGUUUAAGGAAUUUCAGUUGACGCCGAAAGCUCUGAAUGCAGCGGUUCAAUCCGUGCGGGGUUCCCAGAAAGUGACAGAUCAAGAUCCCGAGGGAAAAUACGAGGCCCUCGAGAAGUACGGGAAGGAUCUUACAGAAAUGGCACGUCAGGGAAAGCUUGAUCCCGUGAUUGGUCGAGACGACGAGAUACGGCGUUGUAUACAGAUUCUUUCUCGACGAACCAAGAACAACCCUGUGCUCAUCGGAGAACCUGGUGUCGGGAAAACAGCAAUUUCUGAAGGGUUAGCCCAGCGAAUCGUGCAAGGCGAUGUUCCCCAAGCUCUCAUCAAUCGCAAGCUUAUUUCCCUCGACCUUGGUGCAUUAAUUGCCGGAGCUAAGUUCCGUGGAGAGUUUGAGGACCGUUUGAAAGCGGUUCUUAAAGAAGUAACGGAUUCAGAUGGUCAAAUUGUCCUCUUCAUUGAUGAAAUUCACACUGUUGUAGGCGCUGGAGCGACAAAUGGAGCCAUGGACGCUGGAAAUCUGUUGAAGCCAAUGCUGGGAAGAGGAGAAUUGCGCUGUAUAGGUGCUACUACUCUCGACGAGUACCGGAAGUAUAUUGAAAAGGAUCCAGCUUUGGAACGUCGAUUCCAGCAAGUGUAUGUGGAUCAACCUUCUGUAGAGGAUACGGUGUCUAUUCUCCGUGGACUUCGUGAACGAUACGAGCUACAUCAUGCUGUCCGCAUUUCUGAUAGUGCCUUAGUGGAAGCUGCUAUGCUUGCCGAUCGAUACAUAAGUGACAGGUUUCUCCCAGAUAAAGCAAUCGACUUGGUCGACGAAGCCGCAGCAAAAUUGAAGAUGGAGAUCACCUCAAAGCCCACUGCACUGGACGAAAUAGACAGGGCAGUUUUGAAACUGGAAAUGGAGCGGUUGUCCCUGACUAACGACACAGACAAAGCAUCACGUGAUCGUCUUAGUAGACUGGAAAAUGAGCUGGAGUUGUUGAAGGGCAAACAAAAAGACCUCACCGAUCAAUGGGAGCACGAGAAGUCUGUUAUGACCCGAAUUCAGUCCAUCAAAGAAGAGGUUGAUAGAGUGAACGUGGAAAUUCAGCAAGCCGAACGAGAUUAUGAUCUUAGCCGUGCAGCCGAAUUGAAAUACGGAAGUCUUAUCACACUUCAGAGACAGCUGGAGGAUGCAGAGAAGGCUUUAACUGAGUACCAAAAUACAGGGAAAUCGAUGCUUCGGGAAGAGGUGACCGGGAAUGACAUAGCUGAGAUUGUCAGUAAGUGGACAGGUAUCCCAGUCUCGAAGUUGCAGCAAUCUGAGAGGGAAAAACUCUUACAUCUGGAUGUCGAACUACACAAGCGAGUCGUUGGUCAAGAUCCGGCAGUUCAGUCAGUGGCAGAAGCUAUCCAACGCUCACGUGCUGGACUUUCAGAUCCCAACCGACCUAUAGCAAGUUUUAUGUUCAUGGGUCCUACAGGCGUGGGUAAAACGGAGUUGGCUAAGGCCCUGGCUUCAUACUUAUUCAACACGGAGGAAGCGCUGGUGAGGAUAGACAUGAGUGAAUACAUGGAAAAACAUGCGGUUUCGAGAUUGAUUGGUGCCCCUCCAGGUUAUGUUGGGUACGAGGAGGGUGGUCAGCUGACCGAGUCUGUCCGCCGACGCCCAUAUGCUGUGAUCCUGUUUGAUGAAAUUGAGAAGGCUCAUUCCGAUGUGUUCAAUAUCUUCCUUCAAGUUUUGGACGACGGGAGAGUAACUGACUCUCAAGGUCGAACUGUGAGUUUUACCAACACCGUCAUUAUUAUGACUUCGAACGUUGGAUCGCAAUAUGUCCUUAACAGCCUCGAAAAUCCUAUGGGAUCUAAAGAGGCAGCAUACGAAGCUAUGAGACUGCGCGUGAUGGAGGCCGCAAGGAAUACCUUUCGACCAGAAUUUAUGAAUCGUGUGGAUGAGUACAUUGUCUUCCAACCUCUUGAUCGGGAUCAAAUCGGCAUGAUCGUCAAACUGCAGUUGGACAGAGUACAAAAGCGAUUGGUGGAUAAAAAGAUUACACUCAAUGUCAGCGAGAGUGCUAUUCAACUCCUAGGGAGCAUGGGAUACGAUCCCAACUACGGUGCCAGGCCUGUGAAGCGGGUUAUUCAGCAGAGUAUCGAGAAUGAGUUGGCCAAAGGAAUUUUGAAGGGGGAAUUUAAGGAGGAUGAUGUAAUUUUGGUAGAUACGGAUCUUACUGCUUUUAGUGGUGGUGCCUUGCCCCAGCAGAAAUUGACAUUCAGUAAGCAGGUGCCUUCAGAAGAUAGUUCAGCCCGAGAGUCUGAUGUGGAUCCUUUGGCCUACGCUCCAAGCCGGUGAUCCUCUGGUUAUAGGGACUGCCAUUUGUCAAAAGCUGGAUGGAUGUAGGGCGAAGGUGUACGUUAAGAAAACGCAGAGAGAUUGUAUUAUAACAAGAGCUGCUCAAAUGCUGCAGGCUAGAGCUAUUUGAGCAGGCACAUGCAUCCAGUUAGCAGUGGUUUAGUGUAAAAUGUACUGAUAGAACCUUCUUACUCUUUGUGUAUAGUAAUCUUCCCAUGUUGCAGAUGUUAGUGCUGACGGUUCACUUGUAGCAGAGCCGCGGCAGAUGUGGGAGACUCUGGCAUUUGAACAUGAGAUGAGGCUUGGAUGAAGAACGAAGCUUCCAUCCAUAUCUGUGAAGAAGGAAAAUUCAUCUGAAAUACAAGGUAUACUAGCCAGGAAAAAGUUAUGACCAAAUACCAUUCUACGAGAGUGAAGGCCUAUAUAUGAUCUUCCUUGAAUUAAGAAAUACAAUAGUAUUGUACGUGAUGAUUUAUAUAUAAAUAUAAAUAUAAAUGUU